AUGCUAAGCCCGGCGGAACCUCGCGGCAAAGGAGGACAGACGACACUUGGUCCCACGAGUUCAUCUUCAGUCACGCGCGACAAUCUAUUGGAGCGUUCCACCGCACCCAUUACUAGAAAUUCAGCCGUUCCCACCGCAAGUACCACCGAGACGCCUGGAGACUACUGGGCUGCUGAAGGAUCUGCUUUGCCUGAUUGGGCAGUACCCAUCCAUCAUUCGUCCGGAUCUGCUAACUAUGACUUUUCGGGAGAUGGCAGCUACUCCUUCUCAGGAUGGCAUGGCUAUUCGAACUACUGGGAUUCGUCCGGGGCUGAUAACUUUGACUUUUCGGGAGAUGAAAGCUACUCCUUCUCCGGAUGGUACGGCUAUUCGAACAACUGGGUGCCGGAAAUGGAGUCCCCAUGCCACAUCGACCUCUCGGCCGAUGACAACGGCUACUUACGCCUGACCCAAAUCCCCGUAUUUCACCCCGGCUCCGAUGACCAGAUCGAUAUCCGCAUAACUGGGAACUGGCUGCUUACUGGAUUAGCUGGUGUGGCGAUGAGUGUCCUUUCUGGUUACCUCUGGCAUUGUGUGGUGGAUCAAAUUGAUGUCUUUUACUGGGGAAUGGGGCUGAACACGAUAAUGGCCUCGCUCGAGAUGAGCUUCUACUAUUCGAUGCAUUUGGUUUUGCACAGUCUAACAAUCGAUCGGGCUAUACUGGCCUUUUUCGGAAUUGGCGUCUACCGUUUUGCCCGUUACGUAAUGAUCGUUUAUGGGAUUGUCGUAUGCAUUCUGCCUCUUAUUCCAGCUUGGCUAAUGCUAGGGACGAUACACGACAACGACCUACACUGCUGGGGUGGCUACUGGUUCGACCCGACCUACCUUGCGCUAACUAUCACAAAGUUCCAAAACGAAGUCUCUCGCGAGCUAUUCGAUGACCUAGGCACCCUGCUACCCCCGAUAAUCUCCUUCACACUGGUGCUAAACCUGGCAACAUUCUGGCGUUUCAAAUAUCUGGCCAUGGUCGAAAAAUGGAACUUGAUCGCCGUCCAUAACCCGCUACUGGUGAUGAUGUUGGGCUUUUCUAAUCUAUCGUUCUUCUUUGAUGAAUUGCUGAUUGGACUGACCGAAAACACUUUCUAUGUCUUCAAGCGCAGUGAUGUCACGGCGAACAUCGCCAAAGCCUAUCGAUAUCACACUAAAUCCUUUUUGUUUGCUACGGAUAUGCAUGCGGAGAUGGGCAGCGCCGAGAGAAAAAACGCGACGUCAUCACGGUCAGCUCGAGCAUGCCUACGA